GUAGCUGCAGUAGUUGAAUAGCAGUGAACGUUAAGAGACAGGACUCAGGAUAGCAUAAAUGGCCCCGGUGCCUACGGAGUAAAGAAUGGGCUCCACGGCAUCGCAGCCAUGGCCAGAUCCACCAACAGAAGCGCCAAGGACGGGGACUCACGGGUAACCGCCCCUACGGACCGCGGAGAGGCGCGGGACUUAGCCGAUCCACGGGAACUGUCUCUGGAGGAGGUGCUGAAGUCCUACGAGCAGCCCAUUAAUGAGGAGCAGGCAUGGGCGGUGUGCUACCAGUGCUGCAGCGGGCUGAGGUUGCCCCGCCCGCCGGCCGAGAGAGUCAGCCAGGUGAAGGACCCGUCAUCCAUCCUCCUGCACAGGGACGGAACCGUGUCGUUACAGCAGGAGCUCCGACGCAAUGAUGACACUGAUGGGCCUUCUCUUCCACCUACUGCAGAGCGUCAGCUGGUCCAGUCAUUGGGUGUGGCCAUCUACCGAGCUCUGGACUGGGGGCUGGAUGACACUGAGGAGCGGGAGCUGAGCCCACAGCUGGAGAGCCUCAUCGACCGCAUGGCUGGGGGGGACCAAAGCGGAGAGGGUGACAGCACUGCUGGUAAUGGCACAACAGAUGAGGGGUACAGCGGGCAGGAAGAGGAGGAGGAGGAAGAGGAGGAGCAGGUGGGAGUGAUAAGGCUGGUGUGUACGUUCCGCCAGGUGAUGGCAAUGUGUGCAUCUCGGCUGGCCAACCCAAGCUUGGCUCCAGAGCACUACCAGGCCGUUUGCAGGGCUCUGUUUUUAGAGACUCUGGAGCUGCGGACCUUCCUCAUCAAGAUUAGAGAUGCUAAGGAGAUGUUGAAGAAGAUCACAACAGAGGAAGUUCUGGAAGACAAGUCUACAGCUGAACUGGAUGCACUGAAACACAGAGACUGGGCACGUCUUUGGGUGCAGCUGAUGAAGGAGCUCAGACAGGGAGUGAAGCUGAAGAAGGUGCAGGAGCAGCCGUUCAACCCGCUGCCCACCGAGUUUAGCCUCACGCCCUUUGAGAUGCUGAUGCAGGACAUACGAGCGCGCAAGUUCCAGCUACGUAAAAUCAUGGUGGACGGUGACAUUCCUACCAGGGUGAAAAGAAAUGCCCAUGAAUUGAUACUGGAUUUCAUCAGAUCAAGACCUCCGCUUAAACCGGUUACAGAGCGCAACCUCCCCCCUCCUCCCCCGCAACAGCAGUCCCUCCAUGACCAGGUCCUGGCUGAGAUCAAGCAGGAGAGAAGGCUCAGGCCUGUGGUCCUGGCUAGCUCCAGACCAUUUGGCUCUCUGCCCUGCCUGGCUCAGACUUGUCCUUGUAAUGUCAAAUCUACUUCGUGCAUCGACCUGUCCAUGUCAGAGCCCGGGCCCCGGCUGCCAUCCCGCCCUCGCAUCCUGCUCAAGGCCCCGACUCUGGCAGAGAUGGAGGAGAUGAACAUAUCUGAGGAAGAGGAGUCCCCAGACAAUGGGGAGCUGAAGAGAGCAGAGAGCUCCGCCACGCCUCUGAAAAGGGAUCGCUCCUUCUCAGAACAUGACCUGGCCUUGCUCCGUGGAGAGAUGCUUCCUUCGCUCUCUGAGUCGGUCCAGCUGGCCGGGGCUCUCAUGCUGAGGGGUGAGAGGCCACGGUCCCGGACAUUGACCAGCGUCGGGCCGCCUCCUUGUCACAGAGCCUCCUUCCCAGUUCACGGCUGGGUGCCAUCCUCUCCGGCCUGCCUGUCUCGGACUUCAGUUAACGAGAAGACAGAGGGCUCAGAAACAACGUCAGUCUGCAAAGCUGGAGAUGAGCACCAAUGGAUGGAGGAGUUCAGCCACCCUGUGGAGAGUCUCGCUUUAACUGUGGAUGAGGUCAUCAAUGUGCGCCGAGUGCUUGUCAAAGCAGAGAUGGAGAAGUUUCUUCAGAGCAAAGAGCUCUACAAUAACAUGAAGAGAGGCAAGGUUUGCUGCUGCUGCAGAGUCAAGUUCCCUCUUUUCUCAUGGCCAUCUACCUGCUUACUGUGUAAAAGAUCUGUCUGUGUCUCCUGCAGUGCAAAGGUAAAGAUGAAGAUUCCCUCAAAGAAGAUGGCCCAUAUUCCUGUGUACACUGUGGGCUUCCACAGCACUCCAAAGAGCCAUGGACACAAAAGCCAGGUCUAUAAGUCCCUGCGCAGUUUAUCCCGCCACUCAGUGGAGGAGGAGUUCCCCCACCUCUACGCUAACGGCUGCACGCUGCGGGACAUUUGCGCUGAAUGCACCAAAUUCGUCGCCGAUGUCAUCUUCUCCAGUCGCCGGAGCCUGGACAUUCUCAACAACACUCCCAAGAGGGAGGCCAAAGCUGCUGCCACUGCUCAGAGAACACAGCUGCAACGUCAAUCCCACCUCGAGAUUUGCCCUCAACCAAACCCUCCCCAACCUCACCUUCAGCGUCACCCUCCACCUUACCCACAGUUACCUGCCCAGUCCCAUCAUCAACAACAGCGACAUCAUGCGUCACUGCCACCUUCUUCUCUGCAGCUCCACACCAAGACGAUCAACAAUGUGAAUGAGCAGAUUGACACUUUAUGCCUUUCUGCCUACACACACACUCCUGAAUGAGUUUUGCUACUGCACUACACUGCGCGUGCACACACAAACACACACACGCACAGAAAAAAGUAGGGUUCUUUAAGGGUUCUAGUGGGUACAUGCAUAGCAGUAAUGACCUCAAUGACCAGUCUCAAUAGUUCAAAUAAAUGAACAUAGUGAAUGAGAAUACAUAAUCCUGUGAGGACCCUUCAGCGUUCUUAAAAUAUUGCUGGGUUAAAGUAUUAAAUGCAUUAUUUAAUGGUUAUGCUAUGAUAUACAAUAUAAAACUAAAAUACAUUUUCUGGAGCUGUAUAGAACUCUUUUUAGUAAGAAUAUAGCAACUCUACCCCACCAUCACAUCCUCCAUCAUCCAGUUCCCACCAACAUUAUCUUCCAUAUCUCACCAUCUCACCCAGCCAGUGUGCUCACUCACACAAACACACACAGAGCCCCCUCUUCACUUUAUAGGGUUUAAGUAAGAAGCAGUUUUGUCUGUAUCUGCCUUGUCUACCGCACCAUGACUUAACUGCCUGACGCUUAUAGCUGUUGGGAGGAAAGCAUAUGGAAGGAGAGGGCAGAUGAGGAAAAUACUGAUGGGUAGGGGGUUAUCCACUGUGAGAGAGAAGAUGGUGGUGGAUUUGGCUGGUGGUAGUUUGAUGGAGAUAAAAGCUGACCAGAAUUUAGUCAACAUGUAACCGUACCAUUUUAGCUCUCUGUGGUUGCCUUGUUUUUGUCAUGAAUGUAACUUAGAGAAACACAAAACAGAAUUGUAAAAUUAUAAGCUCACACCCAGCAUAAUAACUUUUAUUUUUAAUCAUUCAAAAAGGGAAUUGUAACGAAUGGCUGCUGCAUAAAUUUUGCAUUUUAGACAUGCUUUUAAAGUCCCAGGUAUAGCUGAGGUAUGAUAGUGAUGACACUGUGAAUGUAAUGGGGUGAAGCUGCAGACUGCAUCUUGAGCUGAUGCAGCUUGAUGAUGCUGAUGUGAAGCGAGAAGAUGAAACUCCCAUCUCUCUCACUCCCCAAGGACGCCUGCAAUCUGCUCUGGUUUUGUAAACACUAAGUAAACUUCAACUGCAAUAAAAUCUAA